AGAGAAGGGAGAAGGAGGGAGGACGGCAAAAUGGGAGGGGGUAGCAUGAGGGAAGGAGGAGUGGGAAAAGUUUGAGCAGGGGAGACUGAAAGAGAGGGAGCAAUCGCCACUGAGAGAUAGGAGUCAGCGUGAGUGAGUGUGUGAGAGAGAGGAGAAAUUGCUGUAAACAUUUUAACCCUGGAGGAGGCCGGACAAGAGGAGGGCUCUCACAGUCUUUGUGCCUGUUUCAAACUUUGUAUGCCCUCAGAGCUGUAAACUCAAGGUCUGUCCUCUGUUGUGUGCACCGGCAGGGACUAUGCUAAAGUGAGAGAAGCCAGAGGCAGGAGUUGGACUGCAAAAACCAAAGAGAAGAGAGAGAGAGAGAGAGAGAGAGACAGAAAGAGGAGGAGAUAGGUAAAAGGAGAGAGGGGGGAGAAAGCCAAACUUCUCUCAAGGAAAGGAACCAUGCAAGUGGAUGCUGUUUUCUGUGGGGUCAGGUUACGAAAAAUGAGAGACCACUCCAAGAGCACUUCAUCAGGGCUCAGCCAGCUCAGAAAGGAUGCCAGCUGCUAGCACCAUGACCGGUGGGAGGGCCCUGCUGCUCUGUACAAACACUGACAACUGUAUCUACCAAUCAGUCAACGGGCUCCAGUGCUGUGGCUUGAAGGUUGGGGACGCUCCAUCAUCUGUGGUUCCCCAGCCCCAAGAGGUGUGUGGGUCACCAGGGGACAGAGACAGGAGAGACACCACUGUGUCUUCCAAGUGUCCCCUCUCACCCCUACUCAGCCUGAGCGACAGCCCUGGUCCUCCUGAUACCAUGCUGGCUCACAGGAGAGCCACCACCACCACUGACCCACGGACUCCCAAUGUGGAGAACGGACUGAACCACAACAAAACCCCAGCAGGGGCCAAGACAGCCAGCAUCCGUGAUAAGAUCUCACAAUGGGAGGGCAAAAAGGAGCCUGCCCAGUUAACCUCUACGGGGACUUUCCCACUGGGCACGACGCAGAAGGAAGUUGAGACAGUGAGGAAAAAGGAAUCUAAAGUUUCAGAGGUCCAAAGGACAGACAGCAAGCGGUUUGUCUGCUGGGACAGACAAGACUCAGGGAAGGAGAACGUUGGAAAGUUGGGGGAUUCAAGGCCUAAAUCUCCAGAGGGUCUAACAAACAAAGACAGAGAAGUGAUACUAGAGAGAGGGCUUCGCACCUCUAAGCCAACAGAGCAACCCUCUGACAAGAAAACUGUUUUAACUCAUGUUAAGAAACUGGAAAAGGCAACAAAGGACGUACCUGACAGACCCUCGCUGGCAUUCCCAGGGAAUUACUUCUGCCCUCCUUCAAAGGAGGAGCUGGAGGAGACGGAGAAGAAGGCGAACGAGCCCAUUUUUGGGACUUUUGAUGUUGCUCGGCCUGGUGGGUCGAGGAGGAGGAGAGAGGGGGAUCCAGAGAAUGUAUAUAGUGAGCCAGGUGUUCCGUCUAUAAACCCUCUACCUAAACCUCAGAGAACCUUCCAGCACCACACACCACCCACUAGCCCAGCUUCAGGGGCCGGCUCGGGGAAGGGAAAGAGGAACUUGCCCCCUUUGCCCUCUAUACCUCCUCCACCUUUACCAACAUGCCCACCCCCUGGAGUUUGCAGGAGACCCUGGGCUGACAAACCCCGGGAUAGCAGCAACAGGAAGUCCUACGAGUUUGAGGAUCUGCUCCAGUCGUCUGCAGAGAGCUGCAGAGUUGACUGGUAUGCUCAGUCCAGACUGGGCCUCACACGCACUUUAUCAGAAGAGAAUGUCUAUGAGGACAUAAUAGAUCCUCCAACCAAGGAGAAUCCCUACGAAGAUAUAGAGCUGGAGAGAAGUUGUUUGGGAAGCAAAUGUGUUUCACCCGCCUCCUCGUCUCCUGUCCCUGACACGCCAACCAAGCUCUCCUCUAAGCCCGGCUUCUUUAGACAAACUUCGGAACGGCGAAGUUUUAAGCUCCUGGAACUCCGCAAGACCGGCAGGGACACUGGCGUUACCUCACCCUCUCGUAUCAGCCCCCCCUCCACGCCCAGCAGCCCUGAUGACACCCCCUGCCUUUCAGGAGACCCAUACAAUCGCAGAAGGAGGAAAAUUCCUAAGAUGGUGCUGAAAAUCAAUGGCAUCUUUGAGGCACGAAGAGGGAAGAAACGCAUGAAGAAGGUGUCUCCGUCUACAGAGUCCAACUCAGGGAGAGUGACAGAUGAGAACAGUGAGUCGGAAAGUGACACGGAGGAGAAACUAAAAGCACACAGCCAGCGGCUGGUAUCAGUCCAGUCCAUGCUGCGGCAGACGGGGCGGUACCGAACUUUGGAGAGGGAUCUGAUGGAUCUGCAGGAGAGAAAACUCUUUGAGUAUUUCAUAGUUGUUGCACUUCACAAGACCAAGGCCGGAGUUCCAUACCUGCCAGAAGUCACACAGCAGUUUCCUCUCAAGCUUGAGAGGAGCUUUAAGUUCAUGCGGGAGACUGAGGACCAGCUGAAGGUCAUCCCACAGUUCUGUUUCCCUGAUGCCAAAGACUGGGCGCCUGUCGACAACUUCCCCAGUGAGACGUUCUCAUUUGUCCUGACCGGUGAGGAUGGAAGCAGGCGGUUUGGCUACUGUCGGCGAUUAUUGCCCAGUGGUAAAGGCCGUAGGCUCCCUGAGGUCUACUGCAUCGUCAGCCGCCUGGGCUGCUUCGACCUCUUCUCCAAGAUCCUGGAUGAAGUGGAAAAGAGGAGAGCAAUCUCUCCUGCUCUGGUGCAGCCUUUUAUGAGAGGCAUCAUGGAAGCUCCCUUCCCGGCUCCAGGAAGAACCAUCACUGUCAAAAACUUCCUACCUGGCUCUGGGACAGAGGUAAUCGAGUUGUGUCGGCCAUCAGAUUCUCGACUGGAACAUGUGGACUUUGAAUGUCUCUUCUCCUCCUUGAGUUUGCGUCUCCUUCUGCGAGUGUUUGCCUCUCUCCUGCUGGAGCGCAGGGUCAUCUUCACCGCUGACAAACUCAGCACAUUGUCUCAGUGUUGUCAUGCGGUCGUGGCUCUUCUCUACCCCUUCACCUGGCAGCACACAUACAUCCCUGUGCUCCCGCCCUCCAUGUUGGAUAUCGUCUGCACCCCGACACCCUUUAUAGUCGGCCUCCUCUCCAGCUCCCUGCCUCGGCUCAAAGAGCUGCCCAUCGAAGAAGUCCUGGUGGUCGACCUCGGCAACAGCCGUUUCCUACGACAGCUGGAUGAUGAGGACUCCAUUCUCCCUCACAAGCUGCAGGCAGCUCUCGAGCAUGUGCUGGACAAGAGGAGGGAGCUUGCCUGUGACAAAGGAGAUCUGCCCAAUGACUCCAGCUCCCUCAGCACAGUGGUAUCAGAGGCCUUUGUGCGUUUCUUUGUGGAGAUGGUGGGUCACUACUCCGUCUUCAUGGGCGGAGCAGAGCGGGACGAGGAGUCUGUAUCCUCCCCCACCUCGCCCAGCCCUUCUUCCUCUGCCUCCUCGUCCUUUCAGCGCGAGGCCUUUCGCAAGGCAGUCACUUCCAAAAGCCUGAGGAGGUUUCUGGAGGUGUUCAUGGAGACACAGAUGUUCACCGGCUUCAUCCAGGAGAGGGAGAUGCGCAGGCAGGGCCUCAGAGGUCUGUUUGAGGUGAGAGCACAGGAGUACCUGGACUCCCUGCCUGGGAGCGAGCAACGAGGAGUCAACAAGUUCCUCAAGGGCCUAGGAAACAAGAUGAAAUUCCUCUCCAAGAAAUGAACCUGGGACUCGGGAUGUAAUCUGCCACAGUAGGAAAUAGGCUCACGAUGGGGUAAAACAGAAGAAGAGAACAUGCUUCCUGGACGUGGACAACGCAGGGUCGGAGACGUGUCUUUACGGCCCAGAGUAAAGAAGGGGCCCUGAAGUGAACUGGACUCAUAGUUUGUGAACAUGAGAGCCUCGGGGUAAAGUUAGCGUGGAGCUCUCAGCUUCAUUAGCCAGUCAUUCCAUUAGUGCUGUGGAGGGGUCACACAGCACGGACCAAAACAUGAGGAAUCACACAGUGUCUAGUUUCACACUUCCCAGGGUUCUGGUGUGUUACAGUCAGUCCCGGCAGUGUGAUACUGUAGAGCACCGCACAGUGGAAAGGUUUUUAGGACAAGCGUUUUUUUUUUUUUUUUUCCUUAUUCAGUCUCUGACUUCAUCUAUAAACCUUUUGUACAAUACUUUCUCAUUACAUUCCAAGUACUUUCUAUAGAAUCUUUUAUAAAGUCAAUAGUACAACUUCUUCUUCAACAGGAGGCUUUUAAGUUAAUUUAUAUUCUUUUUAGACCAAAUUAAUCUGUCUUGUUUUUAAUUUUUCCUUAAAACGAGUGCAAAGAAAAUAUCCUGUAGUUUGUAAUAGGCUUUAUUUAACAGAGUCUAGUCCAGACUGUUUGUAGACCACUUUGGGUUGUCGGGUAUAUGUACCACUGUUUGAAGUAAAUGAACUUUCAUUUGAAAACGUAGGAGCAUGAAAAGAAAGAAAGACUGAGGAAAAUGUAAUGUUGAGAACAAAUGAGCAAUGUGAAUCCAUCUGUGACUUGGGUUUUACUAGAGGAUGUGGAUAGGUGUGAUGUUGAAGAAUGACGUGUAUUUUUAGGUCAAUCAGCAUCUGUGUGUUUCACGAAAGCAACUAGAUCUGCCUUAAACUUGAUUGAGAAUGCAAUGAAACUUUAUUAAUAAAGUGAUUUGAAUUAGA